CAGUUAAAAUGCUGGAAACCUCUAUCAGCUGUUGUUUACGUUUGUGGAAUCGGCCGGUGAAGAGAUGCUUGUGUAGUUUUUGUUUACUCUUUCACUUCAGACACGUUAUUACACUACGUAAAGAGAAGGGAUUGUGAGUCAAGUCAAUGGGUGCCGUGGGAAGCACCGACAGGGAGAGAGAACCGUUGCUUGAGCCGAAUGAAGCUGAACAGAGGCUCCAGCCAGGGAACAGCAGUGGCAGGGUGUACAGGAGAAGAUGGCUGGUGUUAAUCUUGUUCUCACUUCUCUCGUUUUUACAAGGAAUGGUGUGGAACACAUGGGGUCCCAUCCAAAACUCUGCCAAACAUGCUUUCGGCUUCUCAUCUACAGAAAUUGCCAUUUUAGUCAUUUGGGGUCCUGUGGGCUUCUUCCCAUGGCUCCUGUUUGUGUGGCUGAUGGACAAGAAAGGAUUACGUGCCUCUCUGCUGCUCACGGUCUUCUUCAUGGUGUUGGGCUCCGCUCUACGCAGUGUCCCUGUCUCAAACCUGCAGCUCCGGCGCUGGUUGAUUCAUGCUGGGCAGCUUCUUAAUGGUUUAGCCGGACCAACCCUUAUGAGUGCGGGCCCUCUUCUCUCCACUACAUGGUUUGCUCCAGAUCAAAGGGCUACAGCCACAGCUGUCGCAUCAUUGGUCGGCUACCUCGGAGCAGCCUGCUCCUUCCUGAUUGGUCCUCUGGCUGUACCAGCACCCAAUGAUACACAUACAGUGACCAGCUUCACACAAUGGGACCCAGAGCACAUCAGGGACAGGAUACAAUAUGUUCUCUAUGCAGAAUUGGGGAUGAUUGCAGUCCUCUUCGCAGUCGUGCUACACUAUUUCCCAUCCAGGCCACCCAUUCCUCCCAGCGUAGCAGCAGCUAGCCAACGACUCAGCUACAGGAGCAGCAUCUGCAGAUUAUUGAGUAACCUGAGGUUCCUGAUGAUCGCGCUUGCCUAUUCAGUGCCUACAGGAGUUGUAGCUGGAUGGUCUGGUGUGUUGGACAUGAUUCUGACUCCUGUGAGGGUCAGCCAGGUAGAUGCAGGAUGGAUAGGCUUUUGGUCUAUUGUUGGAGGCUGUGUGUUUGGAGUAGCCAUGGCAAGGUUUGCUGACUCUAUCCGGGGCAUGCUGAAGCUGAUUGCCGUGCUGAUGAUGGCUGGAGCCUCAUUGGCAGCCACUUGGUUUACACUCACCUGCCUGACCAGUCUCACUCACCUGCCCUCAACUAAAGCUACACUUUAUACCUCCUGCAUCCUGGUGGGCAUCUUCAUCAACAGCAGCAUUCCCAUCUUCUUCGAGCUUUUCAUUGAGACAGUCUACCCUGUGCCAGAGGGCAUCACCUGCGGUGUGGUCACCUUCCUCAGCAAUCUCUUCACAGGCCUACUUCUUUUCUUUCUCACCUUCUACUUCACAGAGCUUUCCUGGUUGAACUGGUGUCUCACAGGUUCGUGCCUCUUCAGUCUGCUCCUCAUUCUUUUCUUCAGGGAAUCAUACGACCGUCUCUAUCUGGACGUCUUCGUAUCGGUCUGAGCAGCUUGUAGCAUGAGGGGGAAAAAACUGAACUCUGCACCAAGAAAACAGGAAGUACAUCAUCUCUCUCUCUCUCAUUUCAGUGAGAAAGUUACAUCGUUGGCAGUGCUUUGUGUCAGCAUUGUAAGAAAGAAAAGAAGCCAGCAUUUUACCUAUCAUGGUAGCAGUCUAGGUGUUUUUUUUUUUUAAUGUGUACUUGAUAUCUUUGUCAUUUCAAAUUUUUUUUACAUGAACUAAUGGAGAUGUUUUAAUGUACAUUAAAUACAUGAUACGAACCACACUAUACAAGUUUGAUGCGGUCUUCUGCAAGACCUGCAGUAGUGACACCUACAGCCUUUUAGAGUUCUUUUAAUGAUGUGCAAUUAUGUGCUGUCAAGAGGUUUCUUACUAGUAUUCUGUUAUUCUUAACCCUUACAUCAGCAGUGAAGAAAGUACCGGAAAUGACCUGUAACAGUGUCCGGCAUGAGGUGGCCUCCGGGUGACUCUCUACCGGCCCAUUUUCCCUCUUUAUACCUAAUUAUUAUGCAAAUGAUGAUUCCUUCUCCUUAAUAUCUUCUUGGGUUAAAACUGCCUCUCAGUUUCAAAGCCUGUGACUGAAAAAGGGUCCUUAUGUGUAGUUCAGUGUGACGUCAGGCCCAGAAGUUUCAGAUUUUUCUCUGGCUCAUGUGGUCUGUCCCAGAACAGAUUCACACGUGUGCAGGAAGUGCCGUCUUCUUCAUGAGCACCAAGCUUUUGUUUUACAGAUGCUUUAAGCACAGUAUAGGCAUCAACUGUAACGAUAUUUGCUGUUAUUAUUGUUGAUUUAGCUUUUUUUUUGUGCGUGUAUUAUCGGUGCAGAUAAACCCAGCACGGUUUCUAUAUAAUUUAUAAAGUAGUUUUUUUUUAAUUAUUAUUAUUAUUAUUUAUAUGAGGGAUCCAAACACUAACAGAUGGUAAAACAUGUUUAAUGGAUUAUUUGCCUGUUUAAGUGCUUGACCUUGUCAUAAACAUAAGAAGGGAUGCUAUAUUUUAAAAACCAACCUGUGGCUAACAUCAAACAAGGGAAUGUGAAGAGGUCUGAUCGAUUUUACAUAGAGAGUUCCAUCAUUAAUGAGCAUUUAUGUAUCCUCUUAUAGUGUUGUGUCUUAUUAGUGAUGUAAAGCUCAUGGCUAACAGCGGAUUCAAUAUGAGCCCUUGUUUUGAGAAAGAACUUCAGGGGUUUUAUGUAUCUUUCUAUAAGGUGUAAUUUAAUUCAGUAAGUCCCAGGACUUCAUAUUAAACAAAAGACUCCAAAGAAGGCCAAAACAAACUGUCUUACAGAAGGGAUCCAGUAACUAACUCUUCAGAUCUUCAGAGGGACUCAACUGAUGGAUCUGUGGAUUUUAUUGUGGAGUUUAAAGGGCCUUAAAGAACUGUACUGUAACAGUCAGGGAAAGAAAUUGUAGCUGACAACGACGGUCAUAAGUGAAAUAACUUUUUGUCUUUUAUCCUCUGACUGAUUCUUUUUUCUUUUUGUUUUUAAAUUACCCACCCCAUGGGGCCACAGAGCAUUUUGGGAAGGCACAACUGUACACCUCUUUGCCUGGAUGUGAUUUUUUGUCUUUUUUAUGUAUUAAAGGGUUGUGUGUUAGCCCUCUGUUAAAGGUUGCCUUAAUUAACAGUGACCAGUGCAAUUACUAUUCUUCAUUUUACUGGUGAUCAUUUGGGGGUUUUAGGGAUCAGGAUGUUCUUAUCCUUGUCUUUGUUUCAGAUUCUGUAUAUGUACGUGAUUUUCAGCACCUUAUUAAAACGCAUUUUGAAAGAAUAA